CCUUUCUUCCAAUUGAGUUUUUUCAUAUGACACGAGAGGCUGAUCGAGUUUUAUAGUUCGCCCAAAACCCUCCGAGCUUAUCGAUCACAUUCAAUUGCAGAGCUGCUUGGAUGGAUUUUCAAGUUGUAGUGUUAUGUGGUGGUUUCUCCAAGAAUCUUGUCCCUCUUGUUUCCAAGGAAGUGCCAAAGGCGCUGCUUCCGGUGGCCAACAAGCCGGUCCUGUCUUACAUUCUUGACCUUUUCGAGCAAAACAAUCUCAAAGAUCUAAUUGUCGUGGUUGAGAGUCAAGAUGCAGCAACUCUUGUAGGGGCUUGGAUAUCCAAUGCCUAUAUUGACCGCCUUCAUGUUGAGGUUGCGGCAGUGCCUGAGGAUGUAGGAACAGCAGGAGCCCUUAGAGCAAUUGAUCGCCACCUGACAGCAAAAGACAUCUUGGUUGUAAGUGGUGAUCUUGUUUCUGAUAUACCUCCUGGAGCUGUUGCAGCAGUUCAUCGACGACAUGAUGCUGUUGUUACUGCAAUGCUUUGUUAUGCUCCAGCUGGUGGGCCUUUGGAGUCAGGUUCAUCUGCAAAGAAACCUGCACGAUAUAAUAUUGUAGGAUUGGACCCUACAAAACAGUUUCUUCUACACAUUGCGGCUGGAUUUGAAGUUGAGAAAGAUAUGCGCGUUCAGAAGAGCAUACUCAGAGCUGUUGGACAAAUGGAUAUUCAUCCCGAUCUGAUGGAUGCUCACAUGUAUGCAUUCAAGAGAAUGGCUCUGCAAGAAGUUCUAUCUCUUAAACCAAAUUUAAUGAGCUUGAAGUGUGAUGUCUUGCCGUAUCUUGUGAGAAGUCAGCUGAGAUCUGAAUUAUCCCUUAAUGGAGUGUGCCCAGAAGAAAAUGGGAAUCAUAUGGAUUUUUCACAGAACAGUACAGUUUUGUUGUCUCAACUUAUGGCCAACGCCUCUGCCCAAAGUUUUCAUGACCAAUGUACAUUUGAUGGUUCUGAUAAAUCCGUUCGAGCUCUCAAGAAAACCCAUAAAUGCUGUGUUUAUAUUGCCAACAAGACCAAUUACUGCAUGCGUUUAAAUUCCAUCCAAGCAUUCAGUGACAUAAAUCGAGAUGUAAUUGGGGAUGCUAGUCACAUAUCUGGUUACUCCUUCUCUGCACAGAACAACAUAAUUCACCCUUUAUCUGUCCUUGGAUCAAAAACAACGGUGGGACCACAUUGUAUGCUGGGAGAGGGUUCAGAGAUGGGUGAUAAGUGCAGUGUCAAGAAGUCCAUUAUUGGUCGCCAUUGCCGGAUUGGUUCUAACGUGAAGGUAGUCAAUUCUGUUGUGAUGAACCAUGUUACCAUCGGGGACGGCUGUUCAAUCCAAGGCUCCGUUUUAUGCAGUAACGUCCAGCUCCAAGAACGUGUUGUACUAAGGGAUUGCCAAGUUGGGGCAGGUUUUGUGGUAGCCACUGGCAGCGAAUACAAAGGGGAAUCAUUGGCAAAGAAGGAGAAACAAUGACACACCCGUUUUCAUUGGUUCGUCGUGAUAGAUAAUCAACUACUGCUUUUCAAUCAUCAUCGUCUAACACUUCAAAUUCUACGGAAUUGCACUUCUUUGAAUAGGUUACCUCUUGGUGUAUUUUUAGUGAAAAAGAUUAGGAAGAGAAAGUCAUUGUGCGUCUGAUUUUUUUAGAAUCCAUAUCGUGUUAGACGAUGUUUUGAAAUGGUUUGUUCUUUUAGGACGGGUGUCAUGUGAGAAUAAGGACAGGAAUUUGAAAAUGCACCAACCAUUUCUUCAUGUUUUUUUUUGGGUUCAGUUUUCUGUGUGAUACAUAAAAUAAGCCAGUGUAUAGAGGGUUAAUUUUGAGGGCAACGAAAUAUAUAUAUGGCGUCUUUUUAUAUAAACAGUAAUUACGGUUAACCCAGCAAGCGGUUGGGUAGGACUAGCGAUGGCGGUGACUGAUGCAAUGGUAUGAGUUGCGGUGAUGGUGCUCGGGGUGGGCAAAGAUGGAUUUUUCGGUAUGGGAAGUUACCUCAUACCG